GCGGGGCGAGUAGCCGCGGGAAGGAAAGAGGCGGGCGGCGGCAGCGCUCCCGCAGCCCGGGCCGCGAAGAGGCCGGCGGGGCCGCCCGCUGCUGCUGCGGAGCCAGAUGUGCGGAACGGGGGGCGGCCAGGGGCCCGCGGGGGGGUGCUGGGGGCUGCCGCCGCCGCUGCUGCCGCGGCCGGGGGGGGCCCUUUAGCUGGGAGCCGGGCAGACGCAUCGGGAGCUGCUGUUUUCUUCCCCUCCUUCCUUCGCCUUUCUUCUCCUCCCUCCUCCUCCUCCUCACCAAAACCGGGAGAGGAGGCGUGUUCGCAGAGCCUUGCUGCACCGGUUUUGCUUGGUUCGCUGUUGCCGGGUUUGGUUCGCAGGGUGAUUGGACUGUGGGAUUUUUUUGUGCGCUUUCUUUUUUUUUUUUCCUCCCCUUUUUUCUUUCCCGUUUCCCCCUCCCUCUCCCGUGGCCCAUCGCAUGCUCGGCUCCGGCUGGAUCCUUCCCUUUAUUUUCGGCGGUGCCGCUCGGAGGGGGAAGGGAGCGCUGGGAUGAGUGCCGCCUGACGCACGGGCACGGCGAGGGGGGCUCGCCGCCAGCCGCAGCCCUCCGCGCCCGCAGGGCGAGGGGCUCGCCGCCGCCGUCCCCUCUGCUCGCCCCGCUCCGCCGCAAGGUGUGCGUGCGCGGACGGCAGGAGGAGGAAGAACUGCCCUCCGCCUCGCCGGCAGCCGCCGGGCGCCAGGGCUGCCGCCGUGCCCCCCCUAUGUGAGGCCCCCCGGGCUGCCGCAUGGCUAUAGAGCGGCGCCGCGAGGCGGGCGGCGGGGGCCGGCCGCUGCCCGAGGAGAACGGCUCCGUGCCGGGCGCCGCCGCUCCCCCCCCGGGGCCGCCCCCCGCCGGGGCCGCCGAGAUCCAGGCGGUGCCGCCGCCCGCCGCCGCCUGCAGCCCGCUGCUGCUCGACUACGACGGCUCGGUGCUUCCCUUCCUCGGGGGGCUGGGCGGCGGGUACCAGCGCACCCUGGUGCUGCUCACCUGGGUGCCGGCCCUCUUCAUCGGCUUCAGUAAGUUCUCGGACUCCUUCCUGCUGGACCAGCCGGACUUCUGGUGCCGGCAGGCCGACGGGCAGGGCAACUGGAGCGUGGCUCCCGGCCACGGCAACCGCAGCGGCAACGGCAGCAUCUUUCCCCCGGUCGCUCUGCCCACCCCCGCUGCGGGCAACGCCAGCGAGUGCGAUUGUCACGAGUGGCACUACCGCAUCCGGGCCGGCCUCGUCCAGAAUGUCGUCAGCAAGUGGGAUCUUGUUUGUGAUUCUGCCUGGAAAGUCCACAUUGCAAAAUUCUCCCUACUUGUAGGAUUAAUCUUCGGCCACUUGAUAACAGGAUGUAUAGCUGACUGGGUUGGUCGACGGCCCAUACUGCUCUUCUCUGUCAUAUUCAUUUUAAUAUUUGGACUGACUGUGGCACUCUCAGUGAACGUGACAAUGUUCAGCACACUCAGGUUUUUUGAGGGGUUUUGCCUGGCUGGAAUAGUCCUCUCCCUGUACGCACUGCGGAUAGAGCUCUGCCCUCCUGCGCACCGGUUCAUGAUCACCAUGGUGGCAAGCUUCAUUGAAAUGGCGGGGCAGUUCCUGAUGCCGGGGCUGGCUGCUCUCUGCAGGGACUGGCAGGUCCUCCAGGCCGUCAUCAUCUGCCCCUUCCUGCUGAUGCUGCUUUACUGGGUUAUUUUCCCAGAGUCCCUCCGGUGGCUGAUGGCUACGCAGCAGUUUGAGGCAUCCAAGGAACUUAUCCUGCAGCUCACUCGCAAGAACAGGAUGAACACUGAAAGCGACAUCAAAGGAGUGGUGCCCGAGCUGGAAAAGGAGAUCACUCGGAGAUCGAAGAAAGUCUGCAUUAUCAAAGUGGUGGGAACCAGGAACCUGUGGAAAAACAUUGUGGUAUUGUGUGUGAACUCGCUGACUGGCUACGGCAUUCACCACUGUUUUGCAAAAAGCAUGAUGGGGCACGAAGCGAAGAUGACGAUUACCCAGAACUUCUAUGCAGACUACUAUACCAUGGCUGGGAUUGCGCUGGCAUCCUGCCUGGCCAUGUGCCCUGUGGUUGGGUUCCUGGGGAGGAGAGGAGGGCUCCUGCUCUUCAUGAUCCUUACAGCUCUGGCGUCGCUUCUGCAGCUGGGCCUUCUGAACUUGAUUGGAAAAUACAGUCAACUUCCAGACUCAGGUAUGAGUGACAGCGUCAAAGACAAGUUCUCUACCGCAUUUUCCAUUGUGGGGAUGUUUUCUUCGCAUGCCGUUGGAAGUCUCAGCGUAUUCUUCUGUGCCGAAAUCACACCCACAGUUAUAAGGGGUGGAGGGCUGGGGCUGGUCCUGGCCAGCGCAGGCUUCGGCCGCCUGACCGCCCCCAUCAUGGAACUGCACAACCAGAAAGGCUACUUCCUCCACCACGUCAUCUUUGCCUGCUGUACGCUCAUCUGCAUCAUCUGCAUCCUGCUGCUGCCAGAGAGCAAGAACCAGAACCUGCCCGAGAACAUCCCGGACGGGGAGCACUACACCAGGCAGCCCCUCCUGCCCCACAAGAAGGGGGAGCAGCCCCUGCUCCUGACAAACUCAGAACUCAAGGACUACUCGGGCCUUCACGACUCGGCAACUGUGAGCGAUGGCAUCUCUGAGAACACCACUGCCAACGGGAUGAAGUCUAUGUAACAGGGUGGAUUUUCUCCUUUUUAUUUUUUUUGGUUGUUUCUUUGGUGGUUUUUUUUUUUCCCCUUCUCCCCUUCCUUUUGUAUUUUAUUUGAUGCUGUUGUGCAGGAGGAACAGCACUUUGGGCAAAGGUGUUUUGCACAGGUGUUACAAACCAGUGAUGGAGCAGACGCAGACUUGGGGGAAUUCAACUCUGUUGCUAAAGCAACUUGUAGGAAUCAUCAACUGUUGCGCAGAUCGCUCUUGAAAAAAUGGUGGGGGAAAAUACUCAUCUGAGAAAAGACCUGGCUGGAAGUAGCCCUUCAGAACUCUUUUUUUCCUGCCAUUAAAUAUGUAUAUUUAUUUUGAUUUAUUCUCAAGAAGCACUUUAUUUCCUUUUCCUUUCAUAGAUCACAAAAAUGAAGCCAUCUUAUUAUAAGAGGUGCAGCCAUUCCAAGAAAGAAACCAUGGGGAGGGAGGUUGUUUUUUGUUUUGUUUUUGUGUUCCUUUAAAGGAAGGAGGUAUCACUGCGAAGUUGAAUCGACUGAAACUUUGACUUGUGCAACAUUCUUCUGCCUGUCUAGAAAGGCAAAACGCCCAGGUUGCCUGCUGUGUUUGUAUACACCAAAAGAAGAAGAAACGAAGCAAAACCUGUUGUGACUCAAACUCUGACUGCAUUUUAGGCAGCUUAUGGUUUUUUUAUAACUCAUGUGCAUUUAAAAGUUACUUUCUAAAUUAGUACGGGUUUUUUUUCACCAAAUGCAUUGAAGAAAAUCCUACCCAAACAAGCUGAUUUUUCAGUAAGAAUCAGCUUUACACAUUUUAAGAGUCCUAAUCUAUUUUAGACCGUUCCUGCUGGUGUUUAAUACUAAUGUAGAUGUAAAUGAUUUGACCAAUGAUGCAAAAAUUCUGCCAAGAAUGGCUUUAAUUACUAGGAGGUCCUGAAUCUACAAUUGACUGCUCCAGGAGAGCGCAGACCAGCAGCAACAAAAGUUGAGGAGCACUGGCUACAGUCUGCACUUUUAUUGCCCAAGGUAGCUUGGCUGUGAUUGCCACUCCUGGGAAAUGAGCGUCCUGGCAUUGCCCUGCCUGUGUUUAGAACCAGAGUUUUUGUUACCAAUUUCAGUGGACAAAACAUUUACGUGACUAUCAAAAAGGAAGGAAUUGAUAGCCUGUGAAUAAUUUAAGGUCUGGUGUUGGCCGUGUUGGGAUUUUUAGAAAUGUUUUCUGGUUCUGACGCUUGAAUACACGGUGAGCUCACCUGUACUUCCCCCCUUUCCCAACUGCUUUUGUAGGAUUUUCUUUUCAGGAAAAAAAAGAAGAAAAAUUAAAUGGGGGUCAAUCCCACUCUACUGCUCUAAGCAAAGUGAACAUCUGCUUUGUCGCGUACUGUCUGGAUAGCAUUUCGAUCACGGCCACUUGACGUCCUUCCAAACCAACUACUUGCAUUGGCCAUCGGCUUUUGGUUCUCACCGUGUGAUGACUGUGAGGAUCCAGUGCAAUGCAAGGACACUGUAUACAGCUUUCUUGCAUUGUAGUUAACCUCUCUCCUCUCCCUCCCUCUUUUCCUUUUCCACUCAGGCCAUGCAUUUGUGAUUGCGCAGUAGUGCAGACGUUGAACAAACAGAGCAGCAGGAUGUCAAUGUUGUAUUGCGUGUCCAUAUGAUUGCCACUUUGUUUGAUGUACAUCUUGCGUUUGCAAGCACGGAAAGCGCUUGUGUGCACUUUCCUCCUCUACCUGUCCUCCCCUUUUCUCCUUUGCUGUAUAUAUAUUGUCUACUAACUACUGAACCUAACAAUUUCCAUCCUCCACUAGGCUGCUGCUGUCCUCUUACAGUCCAGUAAAUCAGAGGUGCUCCCACGGCAGGCACUGAGGUAUGCAGCACAGCUCAGAUGCUGCCAAGCAGGAGGACAGGUAGACCUGCAGAAGCAACAGAGAUUGUCGUGUUCAGAAUAGCAAUGUUGUCCUAAAGCUACUAAUAUUUGUACAGAGGAUGUGGACAUUUGGGUUCUUCCUAAGCCCGGUACGAAACACUGGACCAGUUGAUGCUAAUUUUGCCCAAAAUUACACUACUGUUUUUUCAUCUUUGCUAGACUUGCUGUGACGGCAAGAGCCUGAUCUUCCUUACACCAAAGUUUUAUUGCCCAGCUUGAGAGCAGCCAUUUCCCUCUUUCUGUUCUGUGCUGACUUCCACGAUCCGUGCUCACCUAAGGAAAAACCAAGGCCUUGCAAGUCCACACAGUAUCUACGUGCCAAACUUGUGCAAUACCUCUCGCCUUCCAUACAAGAUGCUUGUGGCAAGCCACACACAUUGGGGGGAAAAAGUGGGUUCACAAGGGAAAUUGAUGAGGCAGAACAAGUCUGAAGGGAAGAGAAAAGGUCUCUGUGCGCGCGUACGCAAGCUGCGGUACAGCUUUUGGAGCCCAUUCACACAGCUGGCUGCUUCCAGCACCGUCAGCGGUCCCGGUGUGCUCACCGCUGUUGUCCACUGCGCUUUAUCGUUUCCUAUUCUGGUGUUUGCUCUCUGAGGACAGGCAGGCCCAGGGAAGAGAAUGCUUGUUUAAACAUAUCAACAUUUAAGUAAUGAACACGAGGUGACAGGAAUAUUUGGCGCUUUUGUUGUUGUUGUUGUUAAUUCUUAAAAAAAUGACAUGAUUUACUGCAGGGUUUUUUUGUUUGCCUGUAAACAGAUGCUCGGUACUGAUCUGCAAUGUGGGGAGACCCAACUUCUCAGGACGGUUUGGCCCUCCACUUCCGUUGUGAUAGUAAAACACAAAAUCGGUAGCUCAUUUUGCACCUGCUCCUGAAAAGAUGAACAAUUAUGUGUGCUUGCUUCUGUUUUUGUUUCCUUCUCCCCACACUCAUGUAGCUGGCACUCCAGUGCCUCGUUGCUCGGCCAUGGGCUCCUCUGCAGCCACAGCCAGGAGCCGCUCUUCUGCAACAGCUGCUUCCGGCCACCACAGUGCAGGAAGCGCUCCGAGUUGUCCUGUCCACGUCGGCCUUUUCCUAUGAACCUUUGGUAACCUCUAAGCCCGUCCGUGGAUUUUUUCUUUCUGUUUACCAUUCAAGGGCUUUCCUCCUUCUUUCUAAUUUUAAAGAAAAAUGUGAAAGUGACAUUAUGCUUGAUCUUGGUUGUCUUUCCUUUUAAGGUUUCUGUAACGCUUAUGCUGCCCGACACACUACAAACAGAUACAGACAGCGUGGAGAAAGCUGUCAUCUGUUUGGAGGUGUUUCCUGGCACCUGUGAGAGGGUUCUGUCUGAUUUACCUUGCAGUUUCGGUGAGCACGCUGCUUGUGUGGUUGAUUUUUUUUUUCUAAUGGAAGUAUUUUGCUUAACUGUUGCCACUUCCUGGAGCCAAACACUAAAGGUCACCAAAUUGGAAGCAGAAGUGCCAUUAAAUGAACUCUGUGAAUGUCAAGUCAAGUUGCGCCUGUAGCUGGCACAUAAGACAACACUAUUAAGUGUGGGAUCAUCUCCCCCACUGUAACUUUUUUUAAGAAAAAUGACAAACCUCAUUUUAAAUGUAUUGUGUAAAAUGUUUUGGGAAAGGAGUAACAGUGUGUUAUGUCUGUGGGUGAGACUUCCCUCCCCAGUGCGGUUUCUGAUGAAAUUUUAAAGAAUCGUGUUACUGUAUGUUUUGAUCAUGAAUAGUCUGGUGGUGCUUCCUCAUAGCACAAGCUUAAAUCGAGUACUGAAAACAGUCUUACAAGCUAAAUGUCUGCAUGAUGUUACAUCCGUUGUACCUACUGAAAAACUUUGUAUGUAAAUGUACAGAAUAAAAAAGAUGUUGUCCCAUC